AUGUUUUGGCGCUUUGGGGGAUAUGCGAAUAUCUCCACCAUCGAUACCCUGCUCGACAAACCCGAUGUCACUCUUGAGGAACUCUUAGACGAGCCUGAAAUCAUUCAAGAACUGAAACAGCUUAAUACGAAACUCAUUGAAUACCUGCGCGAGGAUCAUGUCUUGAAACGGCUUAUGGACUAUGUCACUGCACCGAGCUUGCUGAAUGAUGAUGAAGAGAACGAUGAAGAUGAUGCGAAAGACGUUUCAGAGAAGGACAAGGAUGCUGCCGCUUCCGCGGAGCAGACGGACACAGACGAGGAGAAGGAAGGGGAUCCGCUAAGGGAUAUUCUUGACCCAGAUGACCUAGACAAAGUUGAGAAGAAUCGUCUGAAGCAUGCCUAUAUCGCUUGUGAGAUUCUCUCAUCAGAGACCUGGUCCAUCCUCGAAUCUAUGAUGGCCAACCCUUCAUACUUGCGAGACUUCUGGGGCUUCCUGCGACGAUCCCCACCUCUUGAUUCAUUGCAGGCAAGCUACUUCACGAAAGUAAACGAGACUUUGCUUGAUAAAAAGACCGAGGAGAUGCUGGAGUUCCUCAAGACCCUCGAUGGAAUUGUCCCAGCAUUAUUGCAGCAUGUUGAUAACCCGAUGGUCAUGGAUCUUCUCCUGAAAAUUAUCAGCCUUGAGAAGGCGGAGGGUGGCCAGGGUACCGUCGACUGGCUCAAAUCCCAGGAUUUGAUCCCCAAUCUUCUGUGUUUCUUGUCGCCCGAUCGUCCGGCAUCCGUUCAAACCUCGGCAGGUGACUUUCUGAAAGCGAUCAUCACCAUAUCUGCAAACGCAAGCCCGAACGACCAGUCAUGUAUUGGUCCUAACAGUUUGACACGUCAGCUUGUCUCGACCCAGUGCGUACAGCAACUCAUCGAUGCUAUGCUCAAGGGCGGCAAUCCCCUGACCGUGGGCGUGGGUAUUGUCAUUGAGGUAAUUCGCAAGAACAAUUCCGACUAUGAUCCAGAGUCCCUUGGCGGACCCGAUACAAUGCUCACCACUUACGACCCAAUCUACCUCGGAACGUUGCUGCGUCUCUUCGCCAAACAUAUUCCCCAGUUCAUGGCUCUCAUUCAAAGUUCCCAGCACACUAUACAUGAUGGAAAUAAGCUCAAGACUGUUGAGCGAGGAAAGUUGAACUCUGCAUGGGGUGGGCAAAUUGAGCCGCUUGGUUUCGACCGAUUCAAGACGUGUGAAUUGAUGGCAGAGCUGCUUCAUUGCAGUAAUAUGGGCCUUCUGAAUGAACCCGGCAGUGAUGAGUACGUCAAGCAGAGAGAUGAGGAGCGUGAGCGGUUGAUCCGUGAAGGAGUUUUCGAUUCGCGCCAAGACGAGCAUUCUGGAGUUGAUUGUAAUGAUACCACGGCCGAUUUCGCAAACGAUUCAGCCUUCGGUUCUGGAUCUCCAGAAGAUAUCAAGAUCACAGAAGUGCCACACGCGGGCGAAGAAGAAGGGUUUGAGGAUGUUGGUGCAUCUGGUGUUUUAGUGGGCGAGAAAUCUGGCGCCGACACAACGACUACUGCAAACUCGCAGCCAACGGAAACAGUCAGCGAAAUUCCUCCACCGGAGAUCACAGCAGCAGAGCCGGUGUCUUCCGAAGAAACCGCAAAUCCAUCUGAAAGUUCCACCGCACCCAUUGGCCCCUCAUCGCCUACUAUUGGUCUCCCUGACCAAGUUGGCAGCAUGAAUCUUGAAAAUGAACCACAAGACGAGCAGCAAAAGCCUGGAAAGGACAACCAGGAGCCCGUGGUUUCCCUCUCUCAAGAUGUUCCAGCCCCUCUCUUCUCGAAGGAACAAGCAUCCGAGUCAAACUCGGCCCCUAUCGAUCAAUCGGAAGAAGCAUCCAGUGUUGCUGCACAGGCCGAGGAAACAAGCAUUACGAACGAUGGAGGCGAUGAGGAUUCGGCCGAACAAUACAUCCAACUCGAUACUGACGGGCGACCCGUGGUCGGUGAUUACUUGAAGAUUCAGUUCGUGGAGAACAAAGUGGUCCCAACGAUUCUGGGAUUCUUCUUCCGUUUCCCAUGGAAUAACUUCCUUCACAAUGUUGUUUACGAUGUGAUCCAACAAGUCUUUAAUGGGCCCAUGGAGCGUGGCUACAAUCGGGCACUCGCAGUCAAUGUAUUUGACACCGGCCGGAUCACCACCGCGAUUGUUGAAGGACAGAAGCGCAGCGAUGAGACCCAGCGGACCAAGCAAAUCCGCCUCGGGUAUAUGGGACACCUUACUCUCGUUGCGGAGGAAGUCGUCAAGUUCAGCGAGCGUCAUCCGCCAGAGUUGCUUUCACGGUCCGUUAUGGAGAGCGUCUUGAAUCCUGACUGGAUUGAGUAUGUCGAACAGACCUUGUCAGAGACUCGCGAGCGGGACAAUGCGAUUCUCGGCGGCGUUCGUCCUGAUAUGUCGGUUGGGUCUCGCCAGACUAGCCUUAACAACACCAACUCUGGCCAAGGCUUCUCUAACUCAAAUGCUCUGGCGGACGCAGGAUUGAAUGGAGGGAUCGGUGGCUCAACCUUCCAGAGCUUCGACCUCAGCCAAGGAAGUGUUUCCGGUGGAGCAUUCGGUGGAGGUGGCACCUCCCUUUUGAGUGGCUUUGCCAGCUCAAGCGAUGACGAGGACGAAGAAAUGGAGGAUCAGGACGACAGAGACUCCGGCAAUGCCGAUCAAGGCGACACUGACAAUGUGUUGACAAGUUCAGCCAGUCAACCUAUCCCUAUCUUACCCCCGCCACCUGCUCCAUUGAGCCUUGGUCCAUCCCGGGCACGCCGUCAGUUAGCCGCGCGCCUUGCCGCCCAAAAGCAACAACCAUCAGAAAAUGAAGAGGGCGACGGGGAAGACAGAGGGGCCGAAGGAAGUGAUGACCGAGAGUCAGAUUGGCCGAGCAACCCAUUCGUAAUUGCAGGGAUCGAUGAUGAUGCCGAAGGAGGCAGCUCUGCGUUCCCUAGUAGUGACUUUGGUUCAGCCAAUGCCAAACACUCACCUACCUUCCCAGAAUCGGGAUUCAGCCCUCCAGACUCGCUGUCGACCAACUCAUCCGAAGAUGAAGGUGAUGGCCACGCAGAAUCCGUGAGGCGCCAGGUUCGUGUCCCCCUCGAAGUCGAGGAUGACGACGAUGAUGAGAUGGGUGAGAUGGUUGGACCGAGUGGCAUUGGCAUGGACUCCGACGAUGAAGACGAGGCUAUCAUAAAUGAAUCUCUUGGUUACUCCAACCUCUCGGGCCCCGCCCGAUACAACAGCUUCAGCCGAUCCCAGGCCGUGAGCUCCCAUUAUGACGACGAGCAAAAUGACAGCAGUGAUGGCGAGGAUGAUGGAUUGGUGGAAAUCGUGGUUCCUGGCCGCAGGUCCUCGACCGCGAACUAA